GCAAUUACUAGAAUACACAUCAUUUUAUGCAAGACAAAACAAAAGCAUGCAUUCAAGAUAAACAUGGGCGAAACUUCUACAUAGCAUUGCAGAUUAAGUGUAUGUGGUGUUAUUACUGACUCGAUCCACAGUUGUUCUCUCCUAUCUCACGUGAAAAGCAUUUUCGAGACACUAGAAAAAAGGGUGGGAGAGACGACUGCAUGGUAACAAGUAAGGUGUUAUUAGAUACAAUCAAGCUAUGUACUGUAAGAAGAUAGUCUCCUCGCAGCCGUUCUUAGUGGCCGCCACUAAGAAUGGCUGCGAGGAGACUACCAAGAAGAGUGAUGUACCUCAUUACCAAACCUUUUUGCCUCAAUUUUUUCAUCYAAUGUAUUAUUAGGUGCUGCACCUAAAAUGCGAAGGAUAUAGUGGUUCAGGACAAUAUGGGUGCURAUAAAAAUGGCUGCAAAUAUAGAGAGAGUUUAUUCUAGCUAUAAAAAGCUAGAGUGGUAAUAGGAGAUGUUCAGAGCUACUCCCCUGAAAUAUAUUCUAUGCAUUCGCGGAAAAUCAGAAGACCAAAAGGAUCUCAUAAACUAAAUAUGAGUGAAGAUAACGAAGAAGAGACGCCAUUAGGAGUCCGUGCACCUAUCGUUGGCUACGAAGUCGUUGAUAGAAGGGAAAAAUUCACGGUUUAUAAAGUAAAUGUUCGUAACAGAAGUCAGUCAUGGUUCGUGUUUAGACGGUACACAGAUUUUGUUCGGCUAAAUGGCAAGCUGCAAAUUGCCUUUCCAAGUUUCCAUUUCACACUUCCAGCAAAAAGAUGGUUUAAGAAUAACUUUGACCCAGAUUUCAUAGAGGAGAGAGCAMGAGGUCUUCAGUUCUUCAUAAAUAACAUUAUGCAGCACUCUAUAAUAUCCAAAAGUCAUAUCGUGAAAGAGUUUUUAUGUUUGRAUGACCCKCCAGGACCUUUUGAUAGUCUAGAAGAGAGCAGAGCUUAUUGCCAACAGCUUGAGGAUGAGGUUGAAGACAUGAAAGAGAGAAUGUCAGAGAUGCAAUCAGAGUUGAAUGCUACCAAGUCACAGCUUGCUCAAGCCAGAGUCCAACAAGAAGCUCUCGUGCAAUCCUUACAAGAAGAACGUGCUUCAAAUACACUAAAGAAAGAUGCUGCUAGUGAUUCUGGGACUUUCAAAUCAUUAUCAAACAGUGAAGGAACAGGAGAUGAUACCCCUUGGAAUGAGAACCUCAACGAAAGUAUCAAAAAAGUCAAGCCAUUGGCUAGGCGGCAGAUUCUUACCUCAACACCUGAAAAAAAUACUGAACUCAAAUCAUAYGCAUUUGAUGGCAAUCUACCUGCAUUAGAAAAAGAAUAUGAUGGUGAUCAAGAGAAUGACAAAAAUAAGUUUUUUGAUGAUAUUGAUAAAACAUUGGGUAAUUUUGARUCCAAUGAAAAAGAAACUGAACAAGUCAAUGAACCAUCAGACUCRCCAAGGCUUGAAGAGUUUGCGAGUGCAAAUAGUGACACAGAUGAUGAAUUAUCAGAGAUUAAUGCUGCUAGUUCUGGGAAUAACAAGUCAAGGCAGUCAAGCAAGAGAGACAGUGGCAUCAUUGCUGACAAUGGGCUUUCACCUGUAACGGCAUAAACACAGAUUUUCCAUAAAAUUUGUUCUUUCUUAUACUUUCUCCUUGGAAAGGUGAGAAAAUAUGCUGAACAUUGUAAUCCUUGCCUGAUAUACUUGUCAAGUAGCCCCAUCUGGUGACAUUGGUGUAUUCCUCUCUAUGUUCCCUUCAGUCUUUAACGGCAUAAACACAGAGAAUUAUAAAACAGAACUUGACAAGUAGCCUCCUCUGGUGACAUUGGUGUAUUCCUCUCUAUGUUUCCUUCAGUCUUCUCAUAAGAGAAUAAACAGGAAAAAUACAAGAGAAUUAUCAAAUGAUGACACCAGAGGAGGCCACUUGACAGUUUUCUGAGGGCCAUCUUUAAAACACUAAUUACCUCAUAAUACACAUUGUCAAGGGCAUAUCUGGGGGGCAGGGAUUACAAUGUUCAGCAUAUUUUCUCACCUUUCCAAGCAGAAAGUAUAARAAAGAACAAAUUUUAUGGAAAAUCGAAGUAGUUGUAUGGCAUCAUAAGGGCAAUCCUGGUAUGUUAAGGCUUGCCCUCCUGUGCUACCCCAUCCCCACUCCAUAAAGCACUAAACAACACUAUAGACAUACUCCUGCUUUGCUAUUGCAAUAGAAAGUACUUGAGAAUCAUACAUUAGUUAUGUAAUAGUUAAUUCUGAUAGUUAGAAUGAGUAGAUAAUAGAGUGCUUACACCAUGUGCAUCCAAAAAAAAAAUGAAAAAGAGUUAUUAGAGAGAAAUCAUUAAACAUGUGAAACAAAAAAA